AAUAGCAUACUUGCUUGGCAAAAUAUGAAAAUGGCGGCUCUCUGUAGUGAGUUUGGGGACCUGGUACAGAUCAAAAAACAGCUAAUAUCGGUGAUAUCGCUUUGUAAAGAAAGAGGACUUUUACACAGCGCGAAGUGGGCUUCUGAAUUGGCAUUUGCUUUGGACCCUCUUCCCAAGAAUGAAUUACCCCCGUCACCUCCUUUUACUGAGGAAGAUGCACAAGACCUGGAUGCACUUACACUGGCCAAAUCCUACUUUGACCUGAAAGAGUAUGACCGUGCUGCUUACUUUCUGAAAGGCUGCUGCAGUCAGAAGGCUUAUUUCCUCUAUAUGUAUUCUCGCUAUCUGUCAGGUGAGAAAAAGAAGGACGAUGAGACCGUGGACAGCCUGGGUCCUCUGGAGAAGGGGCAGGUACGCAAUGAAGCCUUGCGAGAACUGAGGGUUGAGCUCAGUAAGAAGCACACUGCAGGAGAGUUGGACGGGUUCACCCUGUACCUGUAUGGGGUGGUGCUACGAAAGCUGGACCUGCUGAAGGAGGCGGUGGAGGUUUUUGUUGAGGCAAUACACACACUUCCUCUUCACUGGGGAGCCUGGCUGGAGCUUAGUAACCUUGUCACCAACAUUGAAAUGCUGAAGUCACUGUCUCUGCCAGACUGCUGGAUUAAAGACUUCUUCAUGGCCCACAUGUACACAGAGCUGCAGAUGAUCAAAGAAGCGUUGCAGAAAUACCAGAACCUCAUUGAGGCCGGCUUUUCUAAGAGCACGUACAUCAUCUCACAGAUUGCCGUCGCCUACCACAACAUCAGAGAUAUUGACCAAGCUUUGGCUCUCUUCAAUGAGUUGAGGGAGCAGGAUCCGUAUCGCAUCGACAACAUGGACACAUUCUCUAACCUGCUCUAUGUCAAAAGCAUGAAGCCAGAGUUGAGCUACUUGGCCCACAACCUGGUGGAGAUCGACAAGUACAGAGUGGAGACUUGCUGUGUUAUCGGUAACUAUUAUAGCUUACGCUCUCAGCAUGAGAAGGCAGCUUUGUACUUUCAGCGGGCCCUCAAACUGAACCCUCGAUGCCUCGGUGCCUGGACCCUCAUGGGCCAUGAAUACAUGGAAAUGAAGAACACUUCGGCUGCCAUCCAGGCCUACAGGCAUGCCAUUGAAGUGAACAAGCGGGACUACCGUGCCUGGUAUGGCCUAGGUCAGACGUAUGAGAUCCUCAAGAUGCCCUUUUACUGUUUGUACUAUUAUCGAAAGGCUCACCAGCUCAGGCCCAAUGACUCACGCAUGUUGGUCGCACUGGGUGAAAGCUACGAAAAACUGUCACAGCAACUGGAAGCCAAGAAGUGUUACUGGAGGGCAUACUCUGUUGGAGAUGUAGAGAAAAUGGCUCUACUCAAGUUGGCAAAGCUCCAUGAACAGCUGAAUGAGUCUGAUGAUGCUGCCCAGUGUUACAUGCUUUACAUCCAAGACAUUUUCUCUUGUGGGGAACAGCUGGAGCAUGCAGAGGUGAGCACAGCCCUGCGGUACCUGGGUCAGUACUAUUUCAAGAACAAGCUCUACGAUGAGGCAUCCCUCUGCGCACAGCGCUGUUGUGACUACAAUGAUGCUCGCGAAGAGGGGAAGGCUCUGUUGAGGCAGAUUUCACAGGUCAGAGAUCAGAUUGAGACACCAUCAGCAGAUCUGUUUGCUCCGCUCUCAAACAACAACACUCCCGUCAGGAGGGUGUCUCCACUGAACCUCAUCUCCUUUACACCCUGACACUCACUGGCUUUAAAAUGGACAAUUUGUGUAUCCAGCCGCUUGGUGGUUUGCCGAAGUGUUGGAAGGAUUUACUUGUCGACGCAUAGAUUUGUUAAUGACAUUAAAGUAACAUGUUUGUAAAA